AUGGAGAAACAAUACAUCAAGCCUGUCGAAUCUCCCGACCGGUUCAGCUUCUUCUCAUCGCAGACCCUGAAAGCAACCAUCUCAGCCACAUGGGACGGUCUUUUUCCCAACGGCAACCUAGACCACAUUUUUCAAGAGACCCAAAAGACACGACCUGACCCAUCACGCCCAAUCUGGUGGUUCGAUAUCCGCGAUGCGACCGAUGCCGACGUCGGUCUCAUCUCACAGGCCUUGUCCAUCCACCCGCUCACAGCAGAGGACAUCACCAUUCGCGAACCCCGCGAGAAAGUCGAGGUCUUCAAGAACUACUAUCUCAUCUCAUUCCAGACUCUCGUUGACAAAGAUGCAAGCGAGUGCGAGAGACCUGAUAUUCCCUCCACGGCGGGUAUCUACAUUCUCGUUUUCCAGUACGGUGUCGUGACCUUCUCGCCAAGCGGAUGCAACCACAUCGAUCGGGUCCGGUGCCGAGCGCACAAGAUGCACGAUUGGACUGUUAUCUCCAGUGAUUGGAUCUGCUACGCACUUAUCGACGACAUCGUCGAUAGCUUCGAACCAUUCACCCGUUCUGCGGAACUAGAAUCCGAAGCAAUAGAAGAUCAAGUCUACAUCGCACGCAUCGAUGACGUGAAAGAGCUCAUUCCACAAAUCGACAGCCUCCGCAAAAAAAUCACCCACAUUCUCCGCUAUCUCCACGGGAAAGUGGACGUACUCAAUGGUUUUGUCAAACGCUGCCAAUCACCCGAUAAACCUCCCGUCUUCCCAGAUGGCGAUUUACUCCUUUACCUCGGCGACGUGCAAGACCACCUCGUCACGACGAUGUCGACGCUGAAUCACAUUGAUGAGAUUAUCGGGCGCAGCCAGGCAAAUUCGUUGGCACAACUUAGUGCGACGAAUCUUAGAGUUAGUUAUACUAUUAACUCGGCGAUGAGUAAGGUUACGGUUUUGGCGACAAUUUUUGUUCCUUGUCAUCUUGUUACGGGCAUGUUUGGGAUGAAUGUUAAUGUGCCUGGUGAUGAUACGCCGGGGUUGACAUGGUUUUUUGCGAUUGUCGGGGCUUUUGUGGCCUUUAUGGUUGUUUGCCUGGCUGUCGCGGCGAAGUUUAGGCUUUUGUGA